AAACAUGUAUAGUUUAAGAAAACAUACAAUUUAUGUUUUGUUCUGUUUUACUUGUUUCCUCGUUUUUGUAGGGAAUUUCUGGACGUACAAAGGUUCACUGGGCGCGGACCAUUGGCACCUGGACUAUCCGCACUGCGGAGGCAUACGACAGUCUCCUAUCGACCUGCAGACCCGAGAUGUUGUCGUCGACCAGACUUACCUCUCACCACUUGUCUUCUCCGGAUAUGACCGGGUCUCUAACCUCUUUUUUAGGCUCGAGAAUAACGGGCACACGGUGCAGGUGGGCCUAAACGACAAGACGAUGGAGAUUACCGGUGGCGGCCUGGGGGCCACGUUUGUCGCCGAGCAGUUCCAUUUCCACUGGGGUGCAGUUGAUGAGCGGGGCUCAGAGCACUCAGUCAAUGGCCGUCACUUCCCCAUGGAGAUGCACAUCGUUCACUAUAACAAGAAGUACGGUAACUUUUCCUCCUCCGUUGGCAAAUUGGACGGCCUGGCAGUUCUUGGCUUCUUUUUUGAGAUUGGGCGAUUCAAUGAACAUUUCCAAGAAAUUAUCGACCAUUUUGGCGAAAUCCAGUUCAAAAAUCAGCAUUUCGAUAUCAACUCUAUCCCUAUGAUAGACCUGAUGCCUGCCCGUCUUACCAACUACUACCGCUACCACGGCAGUCUGACCACACCCCCUUGCUUCGAAAGUGUCACUUGGACCAUUUUCAAUGAAACCAUUGAAAUAGCAGAGGAACAGUUGGUAGAAUUCCGUACAACCAUCUUCGAGAACGACAAGAGCGACGGCGGCGUUUUCAUGGAUAUUUCUGAUGACUACCGGCCUGUUCAGUGCAUGUUUCGACGCCGACUGUACGCCAGCCACCCAUCCCUGAAAUACGACAUGGCGUCCCCACGAGAAAACGGAAAUGACGGUGUCUCCAUUCAGCCGACCCGUCUCCUCUUUUGCAUGUUUUUGGUUUGCAUAUGGUGUAUACUUCCGUUUUUCUCUUUCUAACAACAAUUAUACAGUUUCAUUGUUAAACCGUUUUUCUAUCUACGCUCAUAGAACUUGAGAGUAAUACUAUUUAAAAAUAGGAUAACAAUUGAAAGCUGUUUGCGUGAAUAAAAGUUACCCAUCCAAAUUGCAGAGUACAAAAGUCAUAACAUCAAUGUAUCCCCCGAGCUUUUGCGCAAAAAGAUGCCAGCAAAUUACAUGCAGUAUACUAAAUGUUUGCUUCGCAUGGAUAUAUUCUUUACUUUCAUAUGAGCGAUAGUUUUUAAUAAAAAUAAGAUUGAAUUUAUUUUGAAUACGGAUUGAUUUAGUAACCUUUGAACACUCCGCUAUGUUUAGUCCAUUAAGCGUCAUUAAAAAGAUUAUUGAGUUUUAUAAUUUACAAAUAUCUGUCAAUAAGCAUUAUUAUGUGUUUCAAUGCACGUGAGUUAAUUACACCUUUUUAAUUGUCAAACUUAUAAUGUAUUUACUUUUUUUUACAAAAUCGGGAUGGUUAUUUUAUGUGUU